CUGCAUCAACAGAAAAAAAAGAAGAAAAAAAUAAAGACAGAAAAAAGACACGACGCAUUUCACACAUCGCCAAUCUGAUUUGUAGUAUCAUUCCCGGCGUACGACCAGGGCGACACACCCAGCACUCGUUAAAGUAAGUCUCUCUAUCUCUUUCUCUCGACAACGCCAAUUCACUGAAAAAAGAGUGGCACAUACCCACUCGGGUGGAUUAACCAAGAAGUAGUUCAAUAUCAGAAUAAAAAAAGAAUGAUAAAAUAACGUAAAUAAUAUUUGUGUACAGGUAUAUGGGAAAUAAUAGAUUCUAGCUCAUGGUUUUAAUAGACUGAAGGAAUAAAUGAAACCAAUAAACAGUUAAUCUAAUUGACUUUGUCGAAAUAUGACGAAACCUUAAGUUCUGAUUUAUAGUCGAAAUAUUCCUGACCACGCAAUAAAAUCCUUGAUGGCAUCGCCAACCUUCCUAAGCGCUGUGCCCAAGGGUCGAUGCUCCCUAAGGUAGUAAAUUUUGAACACGUAAGUCUAAUCUAAUAAAGUUUUGAAUUCUUCGGGUACGAUGAUGACGAUGAAAUAAACUUUAUGAAAAAAAAAAGACAGAGCCGCCGAUCUUGCGUACGUCGCCUUCAGGUGGGUGGCUUUCUUAAAAGUCCGGGAUGUCUUCGGGCAUGGCAGAAAUUGCUGUUCCGAGAGGAGGUGUGGAUACACUCGAAUGAAUCUUCUUCUCCCAUGCGCAAAGGCGCAUCGUCGUUCCGGGAGCUCGCGGGGACGAAAAGAAAGCCGACGAGUCACCCGGCGCGAGUCCCGUGCGGCAUAUCCAGCACCCGCUCCCGAGCCCGACAGCCGCGCGGUCUCGCCAGCCAAGCCCGCACCCUCGACGAACCUUCCGAGCUCCUCCUGACCGGCCGCAGCCAUGGGAGACGCUUCGACCGCCGCGGAACCGUCAACUGCCGGAGGUUCGGAACAGUCUAUGGUCAACAAGGAUGGCGGAGGUGGCGGAGGCGGUGGUGGCAUGAUCAUCCUCCUCAUUCUGCUGGUCGUCGGUAUUCUCGCCGUCGUCGGCGUGCUGUUCGCAACCGGAACUCUGGGCGGUGCCAAGCACGAAACUACGGCCGCGGAGUGUAAGUACACAUCUCAACUUAUGGCCAUCUUCGGAUGGCCAUUUUUCAAGCGCUUCCAAAAGGCCCAUCUUGUUAAGAUGGUUGAAAAGGGGCGCCGGCUCCGGCCGCACUCGGAGGGUUGUUUCCGACCGCCUGACUCCAGAUCAAAGCGCCGAGAGGCGCUCCCACUAUCGUCGUCGGAACUAUAACUCCGUUUCAGACACCAGGUGCAACGCUGUAGAAACUACGCAAGAAGUACGGUCACCAAAAUGUAUCACUCCGCGCAUUUCGUCUAUG